AUGACACCUCUAAUGGAAGCUUGUCAUUAUAGACAUGUACCAAUAGCAGCUCGUCUUAUUGAGAAAGGUGCUGACGUUAACACAACCGACAAGGAUGGAGACACGCCAUUGUCAUUGUCCUGUACAUAUGGUAACAUUGAUAUAGUAAACUUUCUGAUAGAUAAAGGUUGUGAUAUAAAUAAACCUGGCAAUGAUGGAAUGACACCUCUAAUGUGUGCUUGGUUUCGAGGAAAUCUACCGAUAGUAGUCCGUCUUAUUGAGAAAGGUGCUGACAUUAACACUACCGACAAGGAUGGAAACACCCCAUUGUCAUGGGCCUGUAUGAAUGGUAACAUUGAUAUAGUAAACUUACUGAUAGAUACUGGUUGUGAUAUACAUAAAUCCAACAAUGCUGGAAUGACACCUCUAAUGGAAGCUUGUGUUCACGGACAUCGGCCGAUAGUAGGCCGUCUUAUUGGGAUAGGUGCUGACAUUAAAAUUACCGACGAGGAUGGAAAAACACCAUUGUCAUUGUCCUGUAUGAAUGGUAACAUUGAUAUAGUAAACUUUCUGUUAGAAAAAGGUUGUGAUAUAAAUAAACCUGGCAAUUAUGGAAUGACACCUCUAAUGAAUGCUUGUCGUCGAGGAAAUCUACCGAUAGUAGCCCAUCUUAUUGAGAGAGGUGCUGACAUUAACACUACCGACAAGUAUGGAAACACACCAUUGUCAUUGUCCUGUGGUAAUGGUAACAUUGAUAUAGUAAACUUACUGAUAGAUAAAGGUUGUGAUAUAAAUAAACCUAACAAUGAUGGAAAUACACCUCUAUUGAAUGCUUGUCGUCGAGGAAAUCUACCGAUAGUAGCUCGUCUUAUUGAGAAAGGUGCUGACAUUAACACCACCGACGAGUAUGGAGACACGCCAUUGUCAUUGUUCUGUGAUAAUGGUUACAUUGAUAUAGUAAACUUACUGAUAGAUAAAGGUUGUGAUAUAAAUAAACCUAACAAUAAUGGAAUGACACCUCUAAUGAAUGCUUCUCUUUAUGGACAUCUACCGAUAGUAGUCCGUCUUAUUGAGAUAGGUGCUGACAUUAACACUACCAACAGGGAUGGAAACACACCAUUGUCAUUGUCCUUUAUGUAUGGUUACAUGGAUAUAGCAAACUUACUGAUAGAUAAAGGUUGUGAUAUAAAUAAACCUGACUAUCUUGGAAGGAGCCCUCUAAUGACUGCUUGCGGUCAAGGACAUCUACCGAUAGUAGUCCGUCUUAUUGAGAGAGGAGUUGACAUUAACACUACCGACAAGGAUGGAGACACACCAUUGUCAUUGGCCUGUGCUAAUGGUAACAUUGAUAUAGUAAACUUACUGAUAGAUAAUGGUUGUGAUAUAAAUAAACCUAACAAUAAUGAAAUGACACCUCUAAUAAGAGCUUGUCUUUAUGGACAUCUACCGAUAGUAGCCUGUCUUAUUGAGAUAGGUGCUGACAUUAACACUACCAACAGGGAUGGAAACACACCAUUGUCAUUGUCCUGUAGGUAUGGUUACAUGGAUAUAGCAAACUUACUGAUAGAUAAAGGUUGUGAUAUAAAUAAACCUGACUAUCUUGGAAGGAGCCCUCUAAUGACUGCUUGCGGUCAAGGACAUCUACCGAUAGUAGUCCGUCUUAUUGAGAGAGGAGUUGACAUUAACACUACCGACAAGGAUGGAGACACACCAUUGUCAUUGGCCUGUGCUAAUGGUAACAUUGAUAUAGUAAACUUACUGAUAGAUAAUGGUUGUGAUAUAAAUAAACCUGACAAUAAUGGAGUGACACCUCUGAUGGAUGCUUGUCUUGAAGGACAUCUACCGAUAGUAACCCGUCUUUUUGAGAGAGGUGCUGACAUUAACACUACCGACAAGGAUGGAGACACACCAUUGUCAUUGUCCUGUGUUAAUGAUACGAUUGAUAUAGUAAACUUCCUGAUAGAUAAAGGUUGUGAUAUAAAUAAACUUAACAGUUAUGGAAAGACACCUCUAAUGCAAGCUUGUGAUAAAGAACAUCUAUCGAUAGUAGCCCGUCUUAUUGAGAGAGGUGCUGACAUUAACACUGCCGACGAGGAUGGAAACACGCCAUUGUUAUUGUCAUUUGAUAAUGGUUACAUUGAUAUAGUAAACGUACUGAUAGAUAAAGGUGCUGACAUUAACACUACCAACAAGGAUGGAAACACUCCAUUGUCAUGGUCCUGUAUGAAAGGUUACAUUGAUAUAGUAAACUUACUAAUAGAUAAUGGUUGUGAUAUAAAUAAACCUGGCAAUGAUGGAAUUACACCUCUGAUGAAAGCUUGUUUUAAUGGACAUCUACCGAUAGUAGUCCGUCUUAUUAAGAGAGGUGCUGACAUUAAUAGUACCAACAAGGAUGGAGACACGCCAUUGUCAUUGUCCUGUUAUAAUGGUUACAUUGAUAUAGUAAACUUACUGAUAGAUAAAGGUUGUGAUAUAAAUAAACCUGACUAUCUUGGAAUGACACCUCUUAUGAAAGCUUGUCGUCGAGGACGUCUACCGAUAGUAGCCUGUCUUAUUGAGAUAGGUGCUGACAUUAACACUUCCAACAAAAAUGGAGAAACCGCACUUUCAUUGGCCUCAACAGGUGGUAACAACGAUAUAGUUAACUUACUUUUGGAGAAACUUUCCAAUGAACUCAAACCUAGCGAUGAAAGAAAACCAUCACUUACGAAGGGUUCUGAAAACGAAGAUAUGGUUAUGGAGAAAGGCCUUGAUAUUCAAACACAAGAAUCGAAUGUGGCAGAAAAUCCCGAGUAUUUACUACCUUUUGCUGGUAGUUCUGAGGAUUUUAACAAACUGCUAUCUACUGGAACAUAUGAAUCGUUUGAAAAUAGAGUUUUCCUUUGUGGAAGUUGCGCAUGUGGAAAGUCAACCCUAGCAAGUGUUCUUAUUGGUAGUACAAUACCACUCACUUGGAAAUCUACAGAUGGAUUAGUCAUACACUUUGGGCGUAAUGGUAUCAACUUGGAAACUCACGAGAUGGUUCCUUUAACAGGAGGCGUAAGAGAUCAAACUGUGUUGACAAAGGUGGUAAUUGGUAAUCCGAAUCGUGAGACAGUCAUACGUCAAAGUGUUGAUACCAGCCAGAACAAGCACAUUACGCCAUCAUCUACUGGAACUGACUUUCCUAAGUCAAAUCAACAGACGAUAAAGAAAGACACAGAUUGCAGUUUCACAGUUUCUCAUUCAUCCGAUGUUUUUGUCAAGGAAAAUAAAGAUUCACCGGUUAAAAGUACAUUGACAUCCGACGAUGAAAAAGCUGCAUUAGUUAGUCUACAUAAGAUAAACAAAAUUGAAGCCUAUGCUGUACGCGAAGACAUUUUGAAAGAAAUUAAGAGUGGUCAAUACAAAAUCAAAAUUGCCCCUUCAGAUUUAGUCGACUUUGGUGGUCAACGAUCGUAUGAUAUGACUCAUCAGUUAUUUGUUCAGCACGGAGGGACAUUUGUCGUGAUGUUUGAUGGUAGUAGGGAUUUUCAUAAACCUCUUAAGGAAUAUCCUACUGGAGAUUUUUCUAAUGAAACUAUUGUGAAGCAUUGGGUCAAUUCGAUACUUACUUAUUGUGUUGAUGAGAGUGACGUUGCUGAUCCUAUGCCUAUGAUCGUUUUCGCUGCAACGCACAGCGACCUUAUUUCUGAGGAUUUGCAGAAGAAGAUGAAAAAAGAAUUCGCUAAAAAAGUCACUGAAAUGUUUGGAAACCAUUACAUGUAUAAACACAUCGUUUUUGAUCCAGUUUAUUUCAUAAAUGGUACAGACAAAGAUGAUAUUGAAAUUAAGAAAUUGAAAAACCAACUUGUCACUAUUGCCAUGAACCAAUCAUCCUGGGGAAAACGACGGCCUAUGAUUUGGGUUCCACUUGAACUUCUGAUUGAUAAUAUGAAAAAAGAUAAAAUAAAUGUUAUACUAAAAACACACUUAGCUGAAGCAAACACCUUGAAUGGAGAUUUGUCACUUUCUGACAAACAACUAGAUGAUUUUCUCUUAACCCAACACGCAUUGGGUAAACUUAUGUACUUCAAUCAACCAGAACUGAACAGUUUCAUCAUUCUCUAUCCUCCUGCAUUGGUCAAUAUCCUGAAGUCAUUCGUCACUGAUGAAAUGUUUUGGCCAGAGGAUGAAACCCUUAAAGAUAUCCUUCGAAAAAUGACGAAUACUGGAAUUAUAAAAAAACGUGAUCUCCUGAAACUAUGGCAACAAAAACAAGUCAACCAGUACUUAUCAUGUGAUGAGUUCAAAGAGUAUGUUAUUCAAGUUCUCGUACAUCUGGAUAUUUUGGUCCUUCCAAAACGGUACUUAGGCACGACAGUCACAGACGAUUGUUUCUUAGUUCCGUGCACAGCUAAAAACAAAAUGCCGAUGUCAUUUUUGGAUGACGAUUCAUUUGAAAACAAAACCAUUUCUUUGGUCUAUCGAUUACAGAAUAGAACCAUACCGUCUUCAUUGGCCUUUAAACUUAUUGGUGCUGUAAGUAGUAUUUGGCCUAUUAAAGAGGAGAACAAAUGCUCACUAUUAUAUCACUCCUCAGCUGUGUUAUAUGUUGAUAGUAAAACCGAGUUUAGAAUAAUAGUAGAGGACACUAGAGUCGUCGUCUACCUUACACACAUGCCAUCUAAGUUUACUAUCUCGCCAGAUAUUGCAGCCAGCAUUCAAGAAUGCUUGACAUUCACUUUAAACGAUGUUCUUAAAUUCUAUCUAACAAGUAUUGGAAAGAGCCAUAAAAAUAAAGAUGUAUCAAACCUCUUUCAAAUUGAAGUAGGAGAAGUGUGUGACAGAUCCCCCUGUGUGUUAUCUGUUUCCGAGGCAAAACGAACUUCUAGCUGGAGUUGUAGUAGAAAUCAACAUUUUACUAAAUAUCCUUUGCUAUGGAUUUUUGACAAGACACAGGAAGAAUGUCUACCUGAUUGCACAGGCCUUCACAGUGAUGCCCUGAAAAUGUUGCCCAGCGACAAACAUAUUGUAAGACUUGCCAGACAGUUUGAUAUUGAUAGUUGUAAAAAAUUCGCCCUUCAACUCGGGUUUCAAGAAAUAGAUUGGAAAAAUGUAAAGCACACGUACGGUUAUGAUGCUCUGACGCUAAAUACCAUGGUGUUAUAUACCUGGAUGAAUACAAAGAUAAAAGGAAAAUCAACAACAAAAUCAUUUAAUAAUUUGCACGCAGGUCUGAAGGCAAUUGAUGCUGAUACGCAUAUGCUUUGCAAGGUGUUCAGAGAACACACAGAUUUUUCUGAAUUUCCAAAUGUCGGACCCGAGGAAGUUCCAAAUAAUGAUGUCCUAAAUAGUCUACCACAGAAACUUGGUAACUGCUCCUUACAACUUGGUGUAGAGCUAGGAAUAGCUAUAAGUUCUAUAGAGCAGACAAAAACAGAUCACCGAAAGAUGUACGAUCAAACUGCUGAUAUUAUAAGAAAAUGGAAAAAUUCAACUGAUGAAAAACCUACAGUGUUCAAGUUAAUGGUUUGUUUAGAACGCGUUCAUCUUGGCGGGUUCCAGUUUGUAAAAGAUAUGUAUCUCCGUAAAUGA